UCUAUGGGGCCAGAUGGGAUCCACCUAAGAGUGUUGAGAGAACUGGUGGAGGAGCUUGCCAAACCACUCUCCAUCAUCUACCAGCAGUCCUGGUUAACAGGGGAGGUCUCAGAUGGCUGGAGGAUUGACAGUGUAACCACCAUCUACAAGAAGGACCAGAAGGAGCAUCUGGAUAACUACAAGCCUGUCAGUCUGACCUUGGUACAGGGGAAGAUCAUGGAGUGGUUCAUCUUGAGUGCGUUCACAUGGCAUGUGCAGGACAUCCAGUGAAUCAGGCCCAACCAGCAUGGGUUCCUCAAAGGUAGGUCCUGCUUGGCCAACCUGAGCUUCUUUUAUGAUGAGGUGACCCAUCUAGUAGAUGAGGGAAAGGCUGUACUUUACCUGGACUUCAGUAAAGACUUUGACACCGUCUCCCAUAGCAUUCUGCUAGAGAAGCUGGCGACUCAUAGCUUAGACAAGUGUACUCUUUGCUGGGUUAAAAACUGGAGCCAAGCCCAGAAAGUGGAGAUGAAUGGAGUUAAAUCUAGUUGGCGGCCGGUCACAAAUGGUGUCCCCCAGGGCUCUGUUAUGGGGCCAUUCUUGUUUAAUAUCUUUAUUGAUGAUCUGGAUGAAGGGAACGAGUGCACCCUCAGUAAAUUUGCA